AUGUAUACCAACAUCGUUACCAUCCUGAGCAUCCUGGGCUUGGCCCAAGCACACCUACACCUCGACUACCCUCCUACUCUCCUGGGAGACAACAACCCCUUCACCCCAGAGGGCAAGGCGGACCCCUACCUCAACUACCCCUACGGCUGCUGCGGCCAAACCGUCACCGCCCUCUGCAAAGGCCAUCUGGACCUCCUCGACCAACCCGAAGGCCAACCCGUCGUCACCUGGGCUCCAGGCCAGAAGGCCAACUUCUCCGUCUCGGGCCACCGCAUCAAUUCUCCCCAAGAGAACCCCGUCGGAGGCACCCACGCCGGCGGCUCCGCCCAGAUCGGCAUCUCCCUUGACCAAGGUAAAACUUUCAAGGUCAUCAAGACAUGGCAGGGCAACUUCCCCCACCACGACAAGGCCGAGUCGCUGGAUCCCGCGGACCAUACGUAUGACUUCGUCGUCCCUGCCGAUCUCCCCGCGGGCAAGGCCGUCUUCGCCUGGACCUGGAUCAAUCGCGAGCAGGAGUUCAACAUGAACUGCGCCUCGCGCAACCUCGAGCGCAGCGAAGCCCUCAAGGCGCCCCACCGUCGCGCAGAGGCCGUGGCCUUCUCGGCCCGCCCGGAGAUGUCGCUCAACAUUGACCUGCCCGGCUCCGAGUGCAAGUCGCCCGGCAACCCGGCCGAGUUGAGGUUCCCCAACCCGGGACCCGAUGUCGUGGAGAAGGACGGGAAUGAUGGGUAUGAGCUGGUGGAGCCGACUUGUUAG